AUGGCUCUCCAGGCUGAAACUGAAACUGAACUCCGGAUCGUGUUGUUUGGAAAAACUGGAGUAGGAAAAAGCUCAGCUGGGAACACCAUCUUAGGAUCGAACCAGUUUCACACAGAACUCAGUUCUUUAUCAGUUACGAUACGCUGUCAGAAACAGAGUUCUACUGUCGGGGGGAGAACAGUGAGGGUUGUAGACACUCCAGAUUUUUUCUUUAACACUUAUGAAGAAGAUCUGAGAUCAGAGAUAGAGAAAAGUGUGAUUCUGUCUUCUCCAGGAGUCAAUGCCUUCGUCUUCAUACUGAAACUCACCACCUUUACCAAGCAAGAAGCAGAUAUGAUGCUGCUGUUUGAGCAGAGUUAUGGAGAGGAAGCAUUUAACCACACUGUAAUCCUCUUCACACACGGAGAUCAGCUGAAUAACUCACAAAUACAAACACUGAUCUCACAGAACCAGAUGUUAGAGAAUCUGGUAAAUCUCUGUGGAGGAAGAUUUCAUCUACUCAAUAAUAAAGAUCCAGAUAACAGACAGCAGGUGACUGAGCUUCUGCAGAAGAUAGAUCACAUGGUGUCUGAGAAUGAGAACAGAUGCUACACACUGGAGACGCUGCAAGAGGCUGAAAGGAGAGCAGAACAGCAGAGAGAAAUGUUAGACUAUCGGAUAAGACAAAACACAGAAGAACCUGUGCAUGGGAAAACUGCUGGUAAAGAUCAGGAAAGGUCCAAGAGUACUGAGCCUGGACCAAAGAAAAGAAAGGAACAUUUCAGAAAGGCAUUGUCUGUUUUAAUGUGUUAUCUGCUUAAGUCGAAGCAUGUUUACCUUCUUAACUCUUUAGUUAUCAUAGCAAUGGGAGGUGUUUAUACGCAUAUAGGUCCUGUUGAAGCAAAAUCAUUUUUGAGGGGAUGUCUGAUAGGAGUGUCAGUGGAGGUUGGAGGAGCAGUACCAAUAGUGUGCACACAUCUCCUAAAUAAGGUGUUAAGUGCUACUAAACCUACUAAAAGGACUGUGCGCAUCUUGUGUGCUGUUGCUUUUGGCUUACCUGCACUGUGCUGGAGAGGACCGGGAGGAGCUUCACCUGCAAUUGUAGCAGGGAUUGCUGGAGGCUUUGGUGCCAUUAUUGCAGCAAAGAACUGCUAA